UCAUGUGUAUAUAUAUUUAUAUAAUGGUAUAUGGACACACUGAUCUGUUCUGUAUUCAUGCCUACUAUAUUCUGUUGUGCUGAAGCAAAGCAAGAAUUUCAUUGUCCUAUCUGGGACACAUGACAAUAAACUCUCUUGAAUCUUGAAUCUUGAAAGGAAUGGGUGACGUUUCGGGUCGAGACCCUUCUUCAGACUGAAAGUCACGGGAAAGGGAAACGAGAGAUAUAGACGAUGAUGUAGAGAGAUAGAAAACAAUGAAUGAAAGAUAUGCAAAAAAGUAACAAUGAUAAAAGAACAGGCCAUUGUUGGCUGUUGGCUGGGUGAGAACGAGAAGCUGGUGGGAUGGGUGGGGGAGAUAUAUAAAUAGUCUGUGAACACUCUUGCCAGCUGGUAUAUGCUGGUGCAGAGGAGGGAGCCGGUGACUCCAUCUGGGUCAGCUGCUCUUCACGUUCAGCGACAUCGAUCUGGCAUCUGCGACAGUAACUGUGGGUAUAGGCACGCCGGUGGGUGGUUGAUGCCACCGUUCUGUACAAAGCUGGCACAGAAUGCAUUGAGGGAUUGGGGAUGGAUGCAACGUUUCCAGCGACACUGCCCGAGUUUGCUCCGCAGCCCACUAAAGCUGACAAGCCUUGCCACAAUCAUUCUAUAUCAAUAAGCUGGGAAAGGUGCGGAAGAUAUGGGACUGGAUGGCGUUAAAUAAAAGGAGAGAUUGGAUACGCUAAGAUUUGUUUCUCUAGAGCAUUGGUGGUUAAGGGGUGAUCUCAUUGAGGUGUAUAAUAUCAGGAGAGACAUAGUUAAGGUGAAUGGUCACAGUCUCUUUCCCAGGGUAAGGAUAUCUAAAACUGAAGGAUACACGUUUAAAGUGAGAGGGAGUUGAGGGGCAACUUUUUCAUCCAAAGGGUGGUGGGUAUAUGGAACGAGCUGCCAGAGAAACGUUUAAAAGUGGGUGUAAAUACUACAUUUAAAAGAGAUUUGGACAGAUACAUAAAUAUAAAGGGUUUAUAGGCAUAUGAGCCGAACACAGGCACAUGGAAGGUACACAAAAAAGCUGGAGAAACUCAGCGGGUGCAGCAGCAUCUAUGCAGCGAAGGAAAUAGGCAACGUUUUGGGCCGAAACCCUUCUUCAGACCUGUGACCUUCGAUUUUCCAGCAUCUGCAGUUCCUUCUUAAACACAGGCAAAUGGAACUCGCUCAGUCGGACAUAUUGGUCAGCAUGGACAAGUUGGGCCGAACAGCCUGUUCUGUGUUGUAUGACUCACAGUAGUUCUUCUCCAUUCAAAUGAAUGGUCCACUCUAAGGAAAUUUUAUCAAGACUAUGGCACUUGUGGAGGAUGGUUUGUUUUUUCAAUAUUUUAUUGUUUCCUAGAUGUCUGACUCCGAUGAAGCUGCUGUAAUCAGACCCUCAUUGAGUGAGGCCCAGGUGGUGGAGUUGGUCGGACGGUUGUACGGCCUGAAGGUUUCAAAAGUCAAACCACUGCCCAGUUACAUGGACCAGAACUUCCACGUCCUGGUAUGCGAGACCCAGGAAGGUGGAGAUCACGGGGAGAGCUACGUCCUCAAGGUUCUGAACACUGACGAGAGCCAAGACACUGAUUUGGUGGAAGCACAAACGCGAGUCAUGAUGUUCCUAAACCAGAAAGGUUUUCCUACAGCCACACCAAUCACAACCAUUGAUGGCAAGAUUAUGUCCCUGGAGACAAUCAAGCAGGGUAGUGACUACAAACAGUUCAUGAUCAGACUGCUGACGUACUUGCCCGGAGUACCCAUGGCAAAGUUCACCUUGGAUCAUCAGAUUUGCUACAAAUUGGGCAGAACCAUUGCCCAAAUGGACAAAGCACUGCAUGAGGAAUUCUAUCACCCAACUGUGAAGAGUCUGCAUCGAGAUGGGUUUAUGUGGAACCUUUCAAACACGCACUUGCUGGAAAGGCACCUGCAUGAAAUGGAGGAGGGUGAAGUGCUCUCAAUAAUAGAGCAAGUUAUCCAACAGUUCAAGGAAAAGAUCCGUCCCAACCUGGACAAGUUUCAUAAAGGCUUAAUUUACGGUGACUGCAAUGAGUACAACAUACUGCUGGAGCCCUUGGAUUCACCAAUUGAGCAAGCAGUAGAGAGAACAGGAAAGAGCUGUCCGGGAUCAGCAUUACGGAUUUCGGGCAUCCUGGACUUUGGGGACAUGAGCUUCGGGUGUUUUGUGCAAGAUCUGGCGAUAACCGUCAUGUAUCUCACCAUCAUAAGCCAGGAUCCGGUUGGCGUGGGUGGCCACGUGAUCGCGGGCUUUGAGAGCGUGAUCCCACUGACGGAGGAGGAGCGGGACUCCAUCUACCUGCUGGUUUUCUGCAGGUUCUCACAGUCCAUGGUUAUGGCCAGGCACAACAUGCUCCUGGACCCAGACAACGCGGAGUACCUCAACGUCUCAAUGAAGGUGGGCAGCAAACGCCUGCGCCAAUUAUGGCAAGUGGGUAAAGAGGUGGUGGAGAAGGUUUGGUUUGAUACGGCCAAGUCCUAUCUACAAUGACUAGGAUGCAGGUCAUGCCAACGCUCAAACUGUGGUCUGUGUCAGUGGUAAAUGCCCUCUGGACCUACUGAUGAAGAUCUAGGUUGAGGUUUACUAUUGUCACAUGUACUGAGGUACAGUGGAGAGUUAAGUUUUGCAUGUUACCCAAUCAAGCCAGAUAAUACUACACAUAAUUACAAUCAAAACCAAUUACAACAGGUAGAGCAAAGGAUUAGAUACACAGUGCAGAAUAUAGUUAAGAAUAACACUAGAUUUAUAAAAAUGAGAUGUAAAAGAUGUAAAAGGGUGAUAGUAGAUGCUUCUCUCGGCAGUGAGAUCUAUUUUCAUUAUAUUAUAUAUUUAGUCAUAGAGUGAUACAGUGUGGAAACAGGCCUUUCGGCCCAACUUGCCCAUACCAGCCAACAUGUUCACAAGUUAUAGUAGAAUUAGGUCAUCGAGUCUACUCCGUCAUUUAAUCAUGGCUGAUCUUUGCCUCCGAAACCCAUUUUUCUGCCUUCUUCCCAUAACCCUCGAUACCCGUUCUAAUCAAGAAUUUGUCUAUCUCUGCCUUAAAUCUAUCCACUGACUUGGCUUCCACAGCCCUCUGUGGCAAUGAGUUCCACAGAUUAUAUAGCCACUGACUAAAGAAGUUCCUCCUCACCUUUUUAAAUGAGUGUCUAUUUCCAAGGCUAUGACCUCUGGUCUUAGACUCUUCCACCAGUGGAAACAUCCUUUGCACAUCCACUCUAUCUAUGCCUUUCGUUAUUCUGAAAGUUUCAAUGAGGUCCCCCUUCAACCUCCUAAACUCCAGCAUGUAGAGGCCCCGUGAUACCAAAUGCUCAUCAGUCGCUAACCCACUCAUUCCUGUUGUUCUUCUUGCGUAUGGCGUGCAUGACCUAAAGUUGAAGGACAACUUGUUCUAAUUGAUCUUAUUUGAUUGUGCACGGCAGGAUGAUAGCAUUCGUCAAAACAUGGCGGACCACGUGAAGGUUGCAAUCUCCCACCCCUGUUAAUGUGUGGGGAUCGCUGUACGGUGCGGACUCGGUGGGCCGAAGGGCCUGUUUCCGCACUGUAUCUCUAAACCAAACUAAAGAAAAGAAUUGUUUGUUUUUCAGGAGCUAAGGGGACUCCAAUUCAGGUAGGGAAAUAAGUAAAAGUCUGGGGCACUAAACUAUGUAUAAGACCCAAUUGUUUACCUCUACCAGAGAGAUGAGAAUAUUUCUCUCCUCAUCCUCAGAGCUAAUCUGUCAACAGUGCAGCACCAAGACAGUAUUAAGGGCCUGUCCCACUUUCACAACCUAAUUCACAACCUUUUUUACUUGUGGACAUUUUUCAUCAUGUUGAAAAAACGCCCCGACCUACUUGAUGCCACAAGUACCUACGACUAGCAUCACGGCCUGCUACGACCUACCUACGACCUACCUACGACCUUGUGACGACCAUGCUGCGAGUAUGAGUCAAGGGCAAACUCGGCAGAGGUUGUGAAUUAAGUUGUGAAAGUGGGACGGGCCCUUUACACUCAUCAGUGUA